CAAGAGCACGGUUAUGUUAAAACCAGAAAGUAUCCGAUAUUCAUAUACCUCUUGACUUUAAUGGCCAUCUUUUUUGGAUACCCUGAGAUUUUUUUGAUUCUGCUAUGCAUAAUUAUCCUUUAUUUCUUUAGAAUUAGAAGUUGGAACAAAAGCUCCAUGCCAACAGAUUGGCCUCUGGUUGGCAUGUUGCCGGGAAUUCUUCGAAAUGCGCAUCGAAUCCAUGAUUUUACGACAGAUAUGCUUGAUGAAUCGGGGGGAACAGUUGAGGUUAAAGGGCCCUGGUUUGGUGAUAUGGACAUGGUGGUCACUUGUGAUCCUGCAAAUAUCCACUAUAUCUUGAGCAAAAAUUUUGCAAACUAUCCAAAGGGCCCCGAAUUCAGAAAAAUAUUUGAUAUUCUGGGAGAUGGGAUUUUCAAUGCUGAUUCUGAACUGUGGGAAUUUCACAGGAGAACAACUUUGUCAAUCAUGAGUAAUGCCAAGUUCAAUAUUUUCUUGGAGAGGGCUGUUUGGUACAAGGUCGAAAAUGGACUUAUACCCGUGCUCGACUAUUUCGUUGAACGAGGAGUGGAGGUCGAUUUGCAAGACAUUUUGCAGAGGUUCACCUUUGAUAGUAUCUGUAAAUUGGUACUGAAUUAUGAUCCUAGGAGUUUGUCUAUUGAUUUACCUUAUAUUCCAUGUGAGAAGGCGUUCAAUGAUGCUGUGGAAGCCUUGUUGCACAGGCACAUUUUGCCAGAAAGCAUUUGGAAGCUGCAAAAAUGGCUGGGAAUUGGAAAAGAAAAGAAGCUCAUAAGAGCUUGGGAAGCUUUUGAUCAAUUUGUAUAUCCGCGUGUUUCAAACGAAAAAGUAAUCGAAGAACAAGACUACGAUUUUAAUUUCUUAACAGCCUUUAGAAAGGCAUGUAAAGAAAAAAAUGUUGCUCCUGGUGAUUCAAUAGACUUUCUAAGGGACACCUUUUUGAAUUUGAUGUUAGCAGGCAGAGACACCACAAGCACUUCUCUUACUUGGCUACUCUGGCUCGUUUCGACUAACUCGUCCGCAGAAUCCAAGAUACUAGAAGAAAUCGAGACGAAAUUGCACGCCACGAAGGAUAAGAAAUGGAGAUUUUUCAAUGUAGAGGAGUCGCGUAAAUUAGUCUACCUCCACGGGGCUAUAUGCGAGUCUCUAAGGCUGUUCCCUCCUGUGGCUUUUGAACACAAAGCUCCAAUUCAACAAGAUACUAUCCCAAGUGGUCACCGCAUUAAUCAAAACAAAAAGCUGCUGCUCUCUUUCUAUUCAAUGGGAAGAAUGGAAAAGAUUUGGGGAAAGGAUUGCUUAGAAUUCAAGCCCGAGAGAUGGAUUUCCGAUGAAAGAGGAGGAAUCAAGCACGAACCAUCGUUCAAGUUCCCAGCAUUUAAUGCCGGACCAAGAACCUGUCUAGGAAAAGACAUGUCUUUCAUCCAGAUGAAAAUGGUUGCAGCUACAAUUAUCUAUAACUACCAUAUUCAAGUGGUGGAAAAUCAUCCAGUUUCUCCUAAUGAUUCUAUUAUAAUUCAAAUGAAACAUGGUCUCAAGGUCAGUUUAUUCAAAAGAAGAAAUAUAUGAUGCAUCAGAUAUUACAGAGGAAUGUUUCAGAACGAUUUAGGGUGUGAUUUAUUGUCCAUGUAACUUCGAUUUGUAGCAACUAUAUGUAUAAUAAUUUGUGAACCAGUGAAGAUAAAUAUUCUGUUCUCAAGUUAAUUGAGGGUGUCAUUACAUCUUUCACAAAUAAGCGAGUGCAGGUACUACCGACCA